AGGCGGGCCGGGCGCCUCGGGGAUGUAGCGGCCGUGCAGAGGCUGCGCUGCCAGGGCGGGAUGGCCUGUGCGGGGCUGGCGGGCUGGUCCUGGCCGCUGCGGGACCCCGUUUGCUGCGCGCUGCUGGCGGCCGCCGGGCUCUUGCUGGGGCUCUACUGGCUGCUGAGCCGCCCGCCCCGGGGGCUCCCGCCCGGCCCCAGCCCCUGGCCGCUCGUGGGCAACUUCGGCUUCGCGCUGCUGCCCGGCCCGCUGCGGAAGAGGUGGCUACUGAGUGAGCGGGCCGGGCAGGGGGGCUCCCGGCCGCUCGCCCCGCACCUGCUCCUGACCGGCAUGGCCAAGGUCUACGGCAGCGUCUUCUGCCUCUUCGUGGGCAGCCGCCCCAUGAUCGUGCUCAGCGACUUCGAGGCGGUGCGGGAGGCGCUGGUCAGCCAGGCCGAGGUGUUCAGCGACCGGCCCAGCAUCCCCAUCGUGGCCAUGCUCACCAAGAAGAAGGGUGUCGUUUUUGCACCAUAUGGCCCCAUAUGGAGACAACAGAGGAAAUUUUCUCACUCAACUCUUCGUCAUUUUGGAUUAGGAAAGCAUAGCCUGGAACCCAAAAUCAUUGAAGAACUGAAGUAUGUGAAGGAAGAAAUGCUAAGAUAUGGAAAGGAUCCAUUUAACCCCUUUCCUAUUAUCAGCAACUCUGUGUCCAAUGUUAUCUGUUCUAUGGCCUUUGGCAGGCGCUUUGACUAUGAAGACAUUGAGUUUAAGACCAUGCUAAGUCUCAUGUCACGUGCGCUAGAGAUAAGUGUAAACAGCCAUGUAUUUCUGGUCAACAUUUGUCCUUGGCUGUAUUAUCUUCCCUUUGGCCCUUUCAGAGAACUGAGACAAAUUGAGUUUGAUGUCACAGCUUUUCUAAAGAAAAUAAUUGCACAACACAGGGACACCCUGAAUAGAGAAAAUCCCAGGGACUUCAUUGAUAUGUAUCUCCUCCAAGUGGAAGAAGAGAGAAAGAGCAACAGUGAGAGCAGCUUUAACGAAGACUACCUGUUUUUUAUCAUUGGUGACCUCUUCAUCGCAGGUACUGACACCACUACCAACACACUGCUCUGGUGUCUGCUCUAUAUGUCUCUCCACCCAGAAGUACAAGAAAAGGUUCAUGCAGAAAUUGAAGUGGUCACCGGGCGUGACAGAGCUCCUUCUCUCACUGACAAGGCUCAUAUGCCCUUCACAGAGGCAACCAUCAUGGAGGUACAGAGGAUGACUGUGGUUGUUCCUCUUUCUGUUCCUCGAAUGGCCUCAGCAACUGCUGUGCUACGGGGAUAUACUAUUCCUAAAGGCAGUGUGAUUGUGCCCAACUUAUGGUCAGUGCACAGAGAUCCAAAUAUAUGGGAGAGACCAGAUGACUUCCAACCAACAAGAUUUCUGGAUGAAAAUGGCCAGCUAAUCAAAAGAGAAAUGUUCAUUCCUUUCGGAAUUGGUAAACGUGUGUGCAUGGGAGAGCAGCUGGCAAAAAUGGAGCUGUUCUUGAUGUUUGUAAAUCUCAUGCAAAAUUUCACCUUUUUGUAUCCUGAUAAUGCUACAAAACCAGCCAUGGAAGGAAGAUUUGGUCUAACUUUAGCUCCAUAUCCAUUCAAUAUAAUUGCUUUGAAGAGAUGAAGAAACUUGAAAAAAGACUAAAUGAAGAGAUACUGCACUUAGCAAAUUCAGCUUUAUAUUUUUAUCUUUCUAAGGUAUGAAAACAUAUUCAAUAAAAAUGAUUGGUGAACAUUCCUUGAAUAUGAACUAGUAACUCAAGGUUAGCUGCUGAGUUCCAAAAGUGACUAAAUGAGAGCAUGUCAGCCAAUUUGAUGUUCUUCACCUUUUUAUUCCUUUUUUAAGAUAGUUACCCAAUCUGUUACCAUUAAUUUUGGGACAAAAGACCAAAAUAACACACAACGCUCUACAAGUAUCAAGUGUCAUUUUGGUCAAUAUGUUUUCAAAGUGCUUUGUGUAUACACUUACCAGACAAAAGGGAGGAUGUAAUCAACUAAUACUAGAGGAAGCAUUAAAUGACUUAAGGGAUUUGUAUGUUUGUAUGAAGAAACAUGGUGACUAAAUGCUAUGUUGCUGAAGAGUGUUAGAAAUGACAAGAACAGUGAUACUAAGGCUCGCAAGUGGCUCUUUGCAGCACUAGAUACUAAAACAGUGUGAUUUUAAUUAUUAGCCAAUCAGGAUGCUUUUACUAUGUUAUUAACCAAUUGUAGGUGAUAAAAUAAUACUUGGUCAGUCAUUUUGCUGUGAGAACUAUAUAUAAUAAACUAUAUAUUUCUCUAUCAUACUAUUUAAAUAUGAAUAUAUAGUACUAUAGUAAAUGAAACAAUGAAUUCACACUACUGUGGCUGUUUUGGAUAAUGUUGAUCGCUAAUUUGGCUCCUGAACUACUGAAGUCUGAGUAUCGCUGGACUAGAGGACACUUUCUGUAACCUGGGAGGAUUUUUUAUUUUUUUAAUUUAAGUGACUUGUAAUUUAUAGAUGGGGCCAAACCAAAAUGCCUCACUGGAUCCUGGAUCAGAACACUCCUGCGUAUUGGGACUUCAUGAAAAUUCAAAUUCACACUCCAAGAAGAGCCCUAUCUCAUGCUCUCUAUGGGUACGUCUACACAGCCAGUAGGAGCAAGCUUCUGACCGAGUCGACAGACUUGAGCUCACGCUACUAUGCUAGAAAUAGCUCUGAGGACAGAGCUUUUAAGUUGUGGCUUGGCAUACCCCCGCUCUCUAGGUUGAAGAGCCUGAGCUGCAAUGUCUACACAGCUAUUUGUAGUGUGGUAAUAACAUAAGAAUGGCCCUACUGGGUCAGACCAAAGGUCCAUCUAGCCCAGUGUCCUGUCUUCCAACAGUGGCCAGUGCCAGGUGCCUCAGAAGAAUGAACAGAACAGGUAAUCAUCAAGUGAUCCAUCCCCUGUCGCUCAUUCCCAGUUUCUGGCAAACAGAGGCUAGGGACACCAUUCAGAGGCUAGGGACACCAUGUGGGCCCAAGUCUGUCGACCUGAGCUCAGAGGCUUGCUGCCAUGGACUGUGUAGACCUACACUAAUAAGCCAAAUUAAAAUCCCAGAUCCAACAACCAUCAGACUGUGAAAGUGAACAGAAAACUGGAAAAUGUAUAUACAAUAGGACUAUAAAAGAAGAAAUAAGAAACUGUAAUUUAAUGAGCUGUAAUUUGUCUUUUCAAACAAGCAUCCUAAAACCAUUAUAGGAUAGUAAAGAGUUGAGUUGGAACCAGUACUAGCAGUGUUAGUAGUAGUAUAUUUAACUUUGCCAAAAAUUUACUGCUUUGAAAUAUUUACUCUCUUGCAAAACAAAAACCUUCAUGUGAUGCUCCCAUUACAUGUUGUUUGUUUACACAACAGAUGUUGUCAAAAGGCUACGAGACAUCAAUUUGUUGAUCUCCUGGUAUGGUUUUAGCAAUGUGAAAUCUUUGAGUCCUUGUCAGGGACAGCAUUGAAGAACCGUUGGACCAGCUCCACGUGUGUACCAACUUAAUUCUAGAAGGUCUGUCACAUGCUAAGCGUGACUAUCUUUCAAGAGUUCUUAAGGAGAACGACAUUUUCUUGUAGAAAUGAUGCAACUGGUUAGCAACUCACAGGUUGGGCCUUGUUUGCAAAUGUCCAUUUUUUUUUUCCCGACACUAAAACUAUUGACUUUUUACUUGGCCAGCUGGAAUACUAAACACAAUCUCUACCUAUGCUUUCUGAUUAAAGACAAUUCUGGUAUUCCUCUGCAAGCUUCAGGAACAGUCCUUAGAAAUUUCCUUGCAGCCAACAAUGGCACAUUAUUCUGCAUGUCUGCUUUGGAGUUCCAUUGAUUGAAUCAGCACCAUGCAAGAAUUUCUGCAAAGCAAACUGGGUUGCAUAUACUGCAGAAGUUGAAGACUGGAGACACCAUAUCAAACCAAUCCCAGAAAACUGACCCGCUUUGUUCACCUUCUUAUUAAACGCAUUCCUCACAGAUAUCGCAAGGUCUGUAUUUCUUGCUGGCAGCUGGAGACAGAAGCAUUCUUCAAAGAACAUGAGAAGAGUGGUGAUCCAGAUGAACUCUGCUCGCCUGAAGAGACUGAAUGAGACAGUGGAGGAUCUUGACUUCACUCAUUUCAGUUGCAAAGCCUGGGCAUUCCUCCAUAAUCUUGGAGCUGCUGACUUAGUGAAAAUUACAGCCAAUUCUGUUGCCGCACACCUUCUCUGUAACUCCAAGAUCAAAACCGACAAGUUCACUAGACAGAAGAUUGAGGAAAGAGCUCUUUUCAAAUGUCAGACGCAGCCCUACCACUUUGCUGCUAUCAUCUCCUUAUACUGCAGAAGAAAUAAACAAGGCCCUCGUGGCCUCCAAAAGUGGAAAACCUGCUGCCAAGGAUGGCCUUUACCCUGAUUUCCUUAACAAUUUGGGUCCAAAGGGACAAGUAUGGUUGGCAGACCUAUUUACUGCUAUGUAUUUAAACAGGGAAGAUUCCAAAAAGCUGGAAUGAGGCAAUAGUCAUUGGCCUCCUCAAACAUGGGAAACCUCCAAAUAAUGCUGCCAGUUAUCACCCAAUAUUGCUCCUCUCCACAACUUAUAAGUUAAUGGAGCGGAUUCUACUGGCCCAUCUCACCCCUAUCUUUGAGGUCAUCCUGCCAAAGGAACAGGCCAGUUUCAGACUGGGACAAAGUUGCUGUGACCAGGUUCUCGCCAUUAAUAGUUACAUUGAGGCUGGCUUCCAGAAGAAUCUAAAACCCAGAACAGCACUAAUAGAUUUAUCCACUGCCUAUGACAUGGUAUGAAGAGAUUGGCUAUGGCUCAAGGUAUCAAGGGUCAUCAAAUACCAUAGCUCUGUGCAACUCCUGACCACAAUGUUCAGCCAUUGUAAAUAUUGCAUGCCUUUUGAAA